GCUGAGGAGAGACCAGAAGCCCUGGCGGGUGGCGGCGGCGGCGGGAGGAGCCCCUGAGAGGAGCCGCGGCAGGGCUGCGCGCGCAGGGCUAGGGAUGGCCACCAUGUUGUAUCUACGUGAGGAGAAGCUGGAGAAGAUGAGCCAGGACGAGAUCGUGCUGGGCACCAAGGCAGUGGUGCAGGGCCUGGAGACCUUGCGCACCGAGCACCACUCCUUGCUAGCCGCCCUGCUGGACACCGUCAACUGCCUGGAGCAACAGCACGAAACCAGCGCCACCCAGGAGAAGGCGGGCCUCUUGCGCAAGUCCUUGGAUGCCAUCGAGUUGGGGCUCGGGGAAGCCCAGGUGAUCAUAGCCCUCUCAAGCCACUUGAGUGCCGUGGAGUCAGAAAAGCAGAAACUGCGGGCCCAGGUGCGACGCCUGGUGCAGGAGAACCAGUGGCUCCGGGACGAGCUGGCCAGCACCCAGCAGAAGCUGCAGCGCAGCGAGCAGGCUGUGGCCCAGUUGGAGGAGGAGAAGAAGCACCUGGAGUUCAUGAACCAGAUCAAGAAGUUCGAUGAGGACGUCUCGCCCUCGGAGGAAAAGAACGGGGAGACAGCCAAGGACUCGCUGGACGAUCUGUUCCCUAAUGAUGAUGACCAGGGACAAGGGCAGAGCCACGGUGGUGGAGAUGCAGCAGCCCAGCACGGUGGUUAUGAGAUCCCAGCACGCUUGCGAACGUUGCACAACCUGGUGAUCCAGUACGCCUCCCAAGGGCGCUAUGAGGUGGCCGUACCACUCUGCAAACAGGCUCUGGAGGACCUUGAAAAAACCUCAGGCCAUGAUCACCCUGACGUGGCUACUAUGCUGAAUAUCCUCGCACUGGUGUACAGGGACCAGAAUAAAUACAAGGAAGCAGCGCACCUUCUCAACGAUGCUCUGGCGAUCCGGGAAAAGACCCUAGGGAAGGACCAUCCUGCAGUGGCCGCCACGCUCAACAACCUGGCUGUGCUGUACGGGAAGCGAGGCAAAUACAAAGAAGCAGAGCCUCUAUGUAAGAGAGCGCUGGAGAUCCGUGAGAAGGUGCUCGGGAAGUAUCACCCGGAUGUCGCCAAGCAGCUGAACAACUUGGCGCUCUUGUGCCAGAACCAGGGCAAGUACGAAGAGGUCCAGUACUAUUACCGGCGCGCCCUGGAGAUUUACGAAUCCCGCCUUGGGCCUGACGAUCCCAAUGUGGCCAAGACGAAGAAUAACCUGGCCUCCUGCUACCUCAAACAAGGCAAAUACAAGGACGCUGAGGCUCUCUACAAGGAGAUCCUGACCCGAGCGCAUGAGAGGGAAUUUGGAUCAGUCAACGGAGAAAACAAGCCAAUUUGGAUGCAUGCCGAAGAGCGAGAGGAGAGCAAGGAUAAACGCAAGGAGAGGGACAGCGCCCCCUAUGGGGAGUAUGGCAGCUGGUACAAAGCGUGCAAAGUAGACAGCCCCACGGUCAACACAACUCUGAAAAGCUUGGGGGCUCUCUACCGACGCCAGGGCAAGCUGGAGGCUGCAGAGACACUGGAGGAGUGUGCCCUGAAAACCCGCAAGCAGGGCAUGGAUGCUAUCAACCAGAGCAAAGUGGUGGAGCUGCUGAAGGACGGGAACCGCUUGGAACAUCGGUCAACCCGCGAGGGGGCAUCUGGGGCCAACAAGUGUGAAAAUGGGGCUGAGUCAGAAGAUGGGGCGGCGGAGUGGUCUGGGGCAGGCUCCGGGACUCUGCGGCGCAGCGGCUCGUUCGGGAAACUGCGUGACGCCCUGCGGCGGAGCAGCGAGAUGCUGGUAAAGAAGUUGCAAGGGAGCAGCCCUCAGGAGCCUCGAAACCCAGGGAUGAAGCGAGCCAGUUCUCUGAACUUCCUUAACAAGAGUGUUGAAGAAGAGUCAAGUCAGGGGUCCAGUAGUCUGUCAGAGAGCCGGGGGCUCAGCGCCAGCAACGUAGACCUUUCUCGACGUAGCUCCCUGCUGGCGUGAGGAGUGGCCUGGCCCGCUCCCACUGGGCCUGGGUUGGAGUGUGAAGACAGGACACCUCGGACCCUUAGGCCUUCUGUUCACUGCUGCUCCAGUAUUGUGAUCACCUGUCCCCGAGUGGCACCAGGAGAGCUCUCUCACCCUCUUGCGCAGGGCUGCGCCAUUGCGACUUGCCCUGUGUGGAGCCGGUACCCCUUCAAGCACGCUCGUGCACCCAUCGCCGAUGUCUUCCUCUCCAGCGCCGGCAUGUAGCUGCUGUUGCUCUCAGUUUGUUGCCUCUCGCUCCUGGAAGAGACUUUCACUGCAGGCUCUUAACUCGACCCACCUCCCUCUUUUCCUGAAUCCCUUUGCGGCUUCCUGUAAGGGAUCGGUUGCUCAUAUCCACUGUCGAGGAACUCUGUCCUGCACCAUUUGUACACGUAUGCACUAUGUAUGUUUUCAAACUGGAUGGAGCUUUUCCUUCUGAGGAAUGCUGGGAAUUGUAGUUCUUAGGGGAGUAUGGAGGCAGGAGAAAGGUCUUCGUUGUGUUAUAUCACCAAAUUGUCAGCAUCUUAGAAGACAAGGAGCUAAAGACAGAGUUUGGGCUUCCCAAACUUAAGACUUAAAAUGUUCUGAUAAUCAUAGUAACCUGUUUGGGCCACCAAACAGAAGAAAAGGACAGAGGGCCCUGCCUAUCCCAUUUAACCCACAGCUCUAUCUACACUGGCUUGCUUUGUUAUUGAAUGGAAGUAGACCACUUCGGUGAAGGCCCUCUGCCAAGGAGGAAGAACUACAAUUCCCAGGGCUCCUUGAGGUGAGCCUUGAGCCCCUGACUCUCAUCUCAUCCAUGUCUCUUGCUUAGCAUUUGUGUUUUGGUCUCAGGGAGACGCCGUUCCAUUUCCAAGCUUAGAUCCCUGUCUCGCACAUUCCUCCAUCAUUGUGAUCUCAUUUGUGGGUUCGGGUAUGGAGUGGUCUCUCCAUCCACUUUACCUCCUGUGCCCAUUUGAAGAUGGGCAGUGUUAUUUGUUCAUAAAACUGUGGUCUCCAAACCCCUCCAUCUCCCAAUUUUUGGGGGGAGGGGGUGGGAUUGUCUCCCUGCAGGAGACUGCUGAUGAAGGGUAUCCUCUUGGCAGUGAGUACCACCUCCUCUCAUCUUGCUGGAGCUGGUGUUACAGUUCUGGCUAUCUUCCUACUAGACUGCAUCGAGCAUAGCGGGGCAGAAGUGAAGGUGACACAGGCUACGGUGGGUCUGGGCGGCUCUUUGAGGAUCACUCUACAUUGGAACCAUUGCCUCUCAACCAGGCGCUCAGUGACCAGGGUGGGGCAGGGAAGAGUGGCUCUGCAGAGGCCCUCCAGGCUUAAAGUAGGGGAUGGAGUGGAUAGGGAAAGGGGGGAGGGUCUUCUAGGCUGGGGAUCUGGUCCUAAUUACGCAAGUGAGCACUGAAACAGAUUCACUAACCCCCCCCUCCCCUUGGGUGUCCGCACGUGCACGCACGGUUCUGUUAAAUCACUUUGGAAGUCUAAACACUCAAUGAUGCUGCAUUUAUUUCCUCGUGAAUUUUGGUUCUUUGGUGAACUCACAGCCAGAGAGGAAACGACCCCGGCUCGCGUGGUCGGUCAUGUGCACAUAUCCUUCGUUCCACCCCUGCACAGAGCGUUUUCCUCCUUUUUUUUUUUUAAAGGAUAUUGAUUCGCCUCUGGAUUUAGUACUAUGCAGGGCUCCCACACCUCUUGCACACUCAGGUUGGGAGAAUUUUAGCAGUGAUGGCUUCUUCCUUUACUGGUUUCCAUCGGAAGGAAAAGCUGCCUCCUGCUGCCGCGUCCCCUUGUCUGUGUGGUUUUGGAACGUGCAGGGUGGGAGUUCUGUUGCUUCAUCGGCUCUGGUGCCUUUCCAUCUUUCCAUCGUUGUUUGUAGCUCACUAUUUAAGAAAUGCAAGGUACGGAAGAAGAAACACAAAGCCCUCCUUAUUACUGCGGGUGGGGUGGGGUGGGGGGAAUGCCUUCAAAGAGGCCUUAGGCUUUGUCUGUGUGCAAGGAAAGGCCUUUGCAAUAGGCAGAGCCCAGGGCAACUGAGCCUGCGCUGAGUUUGGGUGGAGGGCUUGGUAGCUGCUGUGGGGGGGGGGGAAGAUGGGAGGGAAUAGGAUGGGGCACCUUUUGCUCUGUAUUUAAUUAUAUUGCUGUAGAAAU